CAUUGUCGUUGUUGAAAUUCAGUAAACAAAAAACGAUAAAACAGCAUGUUGGUUGUUCAUUUUUUCUAGUCCGGCACAGUAUUGUAAAAACCUUAAACCAUAAAAACUUUUUCACGAAUUUUUCUAGUUCAUAAGUAAUGAUUCAACAAUAGCUUGUUAGAGGAGGCACAAAUAAAACCAAAGAUUCCAUUGAACAAUCGAACAUGAAACUGUUGUCGAGUAUUUUCCUGGCAGCCGCGGUGCGGUAUUUGCUGAUGCAUUCCGACUAUGCGCUCACCAUUCAGAACCGUGUUGAGGUAGCCACUCCGGUCAACUCGUGGAAGCGUGCUCUGGAAGGUGCCUACCUCUACGCCAAUGGAACCAAUCCUUACGAUGGGGAUUUGUAUCACCAGAAUCCGUACGUGCUGGUUGCUGUCUGGUAUUUGCUUCAAAAGGCAGCUACGCUGGUGUCGGCAGUUUUCAUCCAGCUGGAAAUUGGAACCAUCUUGAUGCUGAAGACGGCAGCUUCUGUUCUGAUUAAGGAAAUGUACAUCCAUCAACAGAAGGAAAAGAAACAUUUUGCCAAAUGGACAAAAGAAUUGCAGAUUUCCGCUCAAGAUUUGCAGAACAUUCCGUACUACGUAGCUUUGGCUUACGCGUUCAAUCCGUACACGAUUCUCAACUGUGUAGGUCAAACAACGACGGUUUUGAGCAACUUUCUGUUGGCUAGCUUUAUGUUGGGGAUGGCCUUCCGUUGGAGGACGUUGUCCUGCCUGGCGUUGGCCCUGGAGACGCAAAUCAACAUUUAUCCCUGCGUGUUAAUCAUUCCAGCAGCGCUUUACAUUGCCCAACGCGACAAAAGUAAACUGUCGAGUAUCGUAGGUACUUGCGCAAUAUUUGUAACGAUGUUCCUGGGGUUGAACUACGGAUCUUUUGCUCUGAUGGGCGAUUGGAGUUUCGUGGAUGCUACUUAUGGAUUUAUAUUCAACUGCCGCGAUCUUCAACCGAACAUCGGUUUGUUUUGGUACUUUUUCACCGAAAUGUUUGAUCACUUCCGAACGUUGUUCCUAUAUACAUUCCAAAUUAAUGCAUUGCUAUUGUACUUGUUUCCGCUAACGUUCAAACUACACAAGGAACCAGUAAUGCUUCUUACUAUGCUACUAGCCCUAGGGGUAGUGUUUCGACCCUAUCCUUGCGUUGGAGACGUCAGCAUGUAUCUGGCUCUGCUUCCAUUGUGGAAAUCAAUUUCAAAGUUCAUGGGUCACAAUUUCAUAGUCGGGGCAACCAUGCUGGUGACGAGCAUCCUCGGGCCCACCGUUUGGUACCUCUGGAUCUAUUCCAACUCGGCCAAUGCCAAUUUCUACUUCGGCAUGACGUUGGUCUUCUGUACGGCUCAGAUUUUCAUGAUCACCGAUCUAUUCUUUGCCUACAUCAAGCGAGAGUUCUGUCUGCGCAACGGCAUGCACAUCACCAUCGACGGGAAGGAAGCUCGGAUUGCGCUGGAGGCUUAAAUUCUCCGUAUGAAG